AUGUUAGCAACAACAGCACCAAACUCGUUAGUCAUGAACCCAACUUCAAUGUUAGUAGAGAUGAAAAGCUUCAUUCCUUCUUCAUAUACUUUCGAAACAGAAAUCCAGAAGAUAAAGCAAGAACUUCUCCAAGGAGAUUUAGAUUGCACUGCAAAAGAUGAAACAGAUGAAGAAUAUCUUUAUGAAAUGCAGGAUAUUAUUGACCAUUUACCCAAAUUGCCUGAAAUCCAACAACAAAAGCUUACUAUUCCAGAAUUCGAUGAAAUAGAAGUCAAAGCAACUGACUCAGUAGAAAUAAAGAAGUUCAUACGAAAGGUUAACUAUGAGUUUCUUGGAUUUCAUUGCAACCACAAA